UUAAUUAUGGUUCGGUAUUCGUGGGAGCCGAAGGACGAAGACGAGAGCCGCACUUGUAAGGCUCGUGUUCCAUAUCUUAGAGCGCAUUUCAAGAACACUCAUGAAUGUGCUCGGGCGAUUAAAGGCAUGACUCUCCAACGUGCGCAAACGUUUUUGAAAAACGUGAUAGAAAAGAAAGAAAUCGUUCCUUUCCGUCGUUUCAACAGCGGUAUUGGCCGGAAAGCCCAGGCUAAGGUUUGGGGUACCACUCAGGGUCGGUGGCCCAAGAAGUCAGCGCAAAUGCUCCUGCAGCUUUUGCACAAUGCUUUCAGCAACGGUAUCAAUAAAGAUAUCAAGGGCGGUGAGGCCAGUCGCCUGUACAUCAAGCAUAUUCAGGUUAACGAAGCGCCGUCGAUGAGACGGAGAACUUACAGGGCGCACGGUCGCAUUAAUCCUUACACUUGUUCUCCUUGUCACGUGGAGGUUAUCCUUGCCACGAAAGAUGACAUCGUUCCAAAAGUAGCAGCUAGCGCUGCCCAACCACUGAAGAAGAAAGAAUCAAAGAAGAAAAUGAAGAGACAAUUGAUUGGUGAAUUCAACUAG